CAGGCUCCUCUCUACUGCUACUUCACAGCCCACACGUCUGCUACCUGCCGUCUCACUACACCCAACCCGCUCUAGCAUUACUUACUGCAUCACACUUUUGCCCUGAGCUUUCUUCCCCUCUUCUCCUCUGGUAGCAGAGCAGCAGUCCAAAACCAGCACUCCAGUGAUACUGGUGACUAACUGCAUUUGUAGCGUCGCCGUCCGGGCACACGUUGGCCGGGAGAACGGCCGGCCGGCCGGCCUGCCUCUGGCAGGACCACACAGGCUAAACACAUAGAUAUCUAAACGAUCGAUGGAGACGGUCGGCCUCCCUGCUGCGAGCUGGGUGGUGGGCAAGGCGCUGAGCCCGCUGUCCGGCGGAGUGCUGGAGGCAUGGGGUGCCAGCUCCAUGCUCGGACCCAACAUGGAGGCCCUGAAGUUGCAGCUGCUGUACGCACAGGCGAUGCUGAACAACGUCCGAGGCAGGGAGAUCCAUAACCCUGCCCUUGGUGAGAUGCUAGACAAGUUGCGGCAGCUUGCGUACGGGGCUGAGGACGUGCUGGACGAGCUCGAUUACUUCCGCAUCCAGGAUGAGCUCGACGGCACCUAUCAUGCCGCCGACGCUCAUGCUGCAGGCUGUGUCCAAGACCUCGCCCUCAACGUUCGCCACACGGCCAGAUCUUGUGUGAACAAGCUCAAGUUUCCUGUGUGCUCGCCUACUGCCAGGCGUGCCGUUCCUGACAAGCAACACUACGGUGGCAAACAAGGAUGCCUCUCAGGGCUCCGCUCGUGUGGCCGGCGUGAGAACAGCUCCUCACCACCAUCACCCGCCAACCAGCAGGGUGUCCAGGAAGUUCACUGUGGAUGCAUGCCUAAGGCUGCCCACAAUGUCGGUAAAUACUUACCUUGCUGCUCCUUAUUACCAUCUGUCGAUCAUGAUGCACAAACCGGCAUGGUGGGCAAUUCCAACAUGACUGGAAAUGAACACCGUUUCCGAUUUGCUUGUGCUGGGCCGUCCAAGAUAAAACAGACAAAUCACGAGACAAAAAUACCAAAAUUGAAGUUUGAUAGGGUGGAAAUGUCUAGAAAGAUAUUGGAAAUCACGGAGCAGCUGAAGCCAGUAUGUGCUCAGGUAUUCAACAUUCUUAAUCUAGAGAUAAUGAAAUCUAGCCAAACCCCUAACAAAGGCAUUGGUGUGGACAGACCCAAAACCAGCCCACAAAUUAUAGAACCAAAGUUAUAUGGGAGGGAACACCAGAAAGAUAUUGUUAUAGGUGAAAUUGUUAAGAGUGAAUGUUGUGAACUUACCGUGCUUCCCAUUGUUGGCCCGGGCGGUAUUGGGAAGACUACUUUCACACAACACAUAUAUGAACAAAUGAAGAGCCAUUUCCACGUCCCCAUUUGGAUAUGUGUUUCUCUCGAUUUUGAUGCAAAUAGGUUGGCAAAAGAUAUUUUGAAAAAAAUCCCCAAAGUUAACAAUGAAAACAAAAAUUGUAGUGCCGAAGAGCUUAUCAAACAAAGAUUAAAAGGAAAGAGGGUUUUACUUGUCUUAGAUGAUGUGUGGCAACAUCGUGAGAAUGAGUGGGAAAAACUGAAAGCUCUGUUUAAACAAGAUGGAGCAAAAGGUAACAUGGUUAUAGUCACGACUCGAAUACCCGGCGUGGCAAACACCGUUAAGACAACUAAAUGUUUAGUAGAACUGGAUCAUCUAUGUCCUAAAGAUAUCAAGUCGUUCUUCGAAGAAUGCGUAUUUGGUGACCAAAAACCAUGGGCUGAUCAUCCAAAAUUAUCUGAUGUUGGGAGCAAAAUAGUAGACAAAUUGAAGGGUUCCCCUCUUGCAGCAAAAACUGUUGGUAGACUACUAAGAAACAAACUUACAUUGAACCACUGGAGAAGCGUUCUAGAAAGUAAAGAAUGGGAAUCACAAACCAGCGACGAUGAUAUUAUGCCUGCUUUGAAGCUUAGCUAUGAUUAUCUUCCUUUCCAUCUGCAAAAGUGCUUUUCUUUUUGUGCUUUGUUUCCUGAAGAUUAUGGAUUUGGUAGCGAAGAGUUGGUUCACUUGUGGAUUGGACUAGAUAUUUUACGUUCAUAUGAUCAGAAGAGAAAAAGAAUUGAAGAUGUUGGACUUUGCUAUUUAAAUGAAUUGGUAAAUCACGGAUUUUUCAAAAUGAAUAAAAAGGAAGAUGGACGUCCUUAUUACGUCAUCCAUGACCUACUGCACGAGUUGGCUGUAAAUGUUUCAUCGCAUGAGUGUAUCAGCAUCUAUAGUUCGAACGCGAGGGACAUACAAAUUCCCCCAACCGUACGUCACUUGUCAAUCAUCGUAGAUAAAACCGAUGUCAAGAAUAAAAUGUCUUUUGAAGACUAUGAUGGGAAUUUGAGUGCACUAGCUAAAUGUUUGAAAGUUGAAAACCUACAUACUAUAAUGUUAUUUGGUGAUUACCAUGGAAGCUUUGCAAAAACUUUUGGUGAUUUAUUUAGGGAAGCUAGAGCCCUUCGCAUCAUAUUGUUGUCAGAAGCUACAUAUAAUAUGGAGGAUAUAUUGCACAACUUUUCAAAACUCGUCCAUCUUCGCUACCUAAGAAUCAAGUCCAAGAUUUACCAGGAAUUGGGCCUACCAAGUUCUUUGUUUCGAUUGUAUCAUUUACAGGUCAUUGAUCUAAAAAAUGAGUAUAAAUGCUUUAUUACAACUAGAAAUUUGGGCAACCUUGUAAAAUUGCGUCAUUUUCUUGUGCCGAAAGAAAGCUUUAAAUAUCAUUCUGACAUUUAUGGGGUUGGGAAACUAAAAUUCUUACAUGAACUAAAGGAAUUCAGAGUGGGAAAGGAGAGUAAGGGUUUUGAACUGAGUCAGCUUGGGCCACUGAGAGAGAUUGGAGGAUCACUUCACAUUUAUAAUGUUGAAAAGGUACAAACAAAAGAGGAAGCAAACGACUUGAAACUGAUUCACAAGAACCACAUAAGAGAACUCAUGUUAGAAUGGGAUGCUACGCGAUCUAAUAGGGAUCCUGUACAAGAAGAAAAUGUUCUCGAAAGCCUUGUGCCCCAUUGGGAUCUUCAGAAGCUAUCCAUUAAAGGGCAUGGGGGAUCAAAUUGCCCAACAUGGCUAUGUGCCAAUCUCUCGGUUAAAAAUCUGGAAUCUCUUUGUCUCGAUGGUGUAUCUUGGAAGAAUCUUCCACCUGUAGGAGAGUUGUGGAUGGUUACUGAGCUUGGUGAAGAGUACCAGGAUUGUAGUAGUAUCUCACCUCCAAGCUUCCAUAAUUUGAAAAAACUUGAAUUAAAGGGAAUAUCUAUUUUGGCAAAAUGGGUCGGAAAUGACACUUGUCCAUUUUUUUCUCACUUGGAAGUGCUCAUCAUUAAAGAUUGCUCUAAACUCAUGGAGUUGCCGUUUUCUCAACCUACUGGCUGCCAAGCGGGGGAGUGGGAGGAGAAAAUGGCUUUGUUUCCUAAACUACAUGAGCUCGUCAUUGAAGACUGCCCGAACCUGGAGUCGUUGCCUCCUAUACCCUGGCGGGCCCAUGCUCCGUUCUCUGCUAGCAUAGAAAGAGUGGGAUCAGUUAUUGAGCAGCUAGCUUACGGAACAAAAUACAGGCUGAAAUUAAACUUGCAAAUUACGGGAAAGGACGGUGGUCAGGGUGAUGUGUUUUGGAAUGCGUUGAAUUUCUCUAAUCUAACAGAUCUAAAAGAGUUGCACAUGAAUAAAAUCCCUCCCCUGCCGCUGGAUGACCUCCUAGUGCUAACAUCUCUGAAGGUGAUCACGAUAUCUAAUUCUAGUAGUGUUUUGCUGCCGGUUGAAGGUGAGGAUCAUGGCAGUUACCAAUUUCCAGUCGAAGACCUCGAGAUCAUAACGUCUGAUACCAGUGGGAAAGAACUGACGCUGCUGCUCUCUUUCCUUCCAAACCUCUCAAAGCUGACCAUACACGAGUGUGAGAAUAUAACUGCGUUGGGUGUGGUUGAGCAUGCCGAAACUGUUUCUGGGGAGCAGCAGCAACAGACAGGAGUUGGAGAGGAGGAACCAAUAACAGCAGCUGCAGCCGAAGGACUGCUGCUCUUGCCUCCCCGGCUACAAGAGUUGUGGAUUGAAGCCUGUCCAAAGGUGAGCUUACUCCCCAAUCCACCGCCCGAUGACCACGCAGAAGCAGCAGCACGAGGAGGAGGAGGAGGAGGGGGUCUCCGACGUCUCCGCUCCCUCCGCUCGCUGCAUGUAUACAAUUCUCCCGAGUUCCUCUCCUCCUAUUCGUCCUCCUCCUCCUUCCCCCCUUUCCCAACCUGCCUGCAACAUCUCACCCUACGCAGGGUGAAGUACAUGGAGACGCUACAGGACCUCUCAAACCUCACCUCUCUCACCGAGUUAACCUUGAACAUACCGGGGGAUUCCAGAUCCGACGGCUUGUGGCCUCUCCUCGCCCACGGCCGUCUCACACAAUUAUCCCUCUAUACUACCUCCGAUUUCUUCGCCGGUUCCGAUCCCUCACGGCCGCAUGACGCUGAGGUUUUUUCCUCUUCCUCCAAGCUCGUUGAUCUGGCGACGGCCAGCAACACAGGUUUCCUUGCCGCGCCCAUCUGCAGCCUCUUCUCUUCCACCCUCACCAGAUUGCAACUCAGUUUGGACAAGGAGGCGGAGCGCUUGACAAAGGAGCAAGAGGAGGCCCUUCAGCUCCUCACCUCCCUCCAGGUGCUCUGCUUUUUGUUUGGGGAAAAGCUGCAGCGCCUCCCUGCAGGGCUACACAAGCUUAUCAACCUCAAGGAAUUAAGUAUCUACUCUUGUACUGCCAUCCGGUCGCUGCCGAGCCUUCCGAGCUCUCUGCAGGGAUUAGAGAUAGAUACCUGUGGUGCCAUCCAGUCGCUUCCGAACUCUCUCCCGAGUUCUCUGGAAAGAUUGAAUAUCUCCUGUUGUGGUGCCAUCAAGUCGCUGCCCAAAGACGGCCUUCCAAGUUCAAUGCUAGAGUUAGAUGCCUUUUAUGGCAACAGCGAGGAGCUCAAAAGGGAGUGCCGCAAGUUAAUAGGAACCAUUCCGAUAAUCAGAGCCUGAGCAGUCCAAGGGUUCUACUUCAGUUUGUAUAUUCUUCUAGCCUCCUAGAAUUGCCCUCUCUGCGAAGCACGGUUUCUGGUUGCCAGCGGGAAGCAUGAUGUUCUCAACUUGUAUCUUCCAUCCUGCGCAUAAACUGGGUUCUUCGAUUGGUGUAUUCUUCUAGCCUCCAACAAUUCUCUCUGUACAAUGCCAAGAAGGCAAGAACUGUUCUCGAGUGCAAGCAUGACUGUCUCAAAUUUUAUUUUCCGUGCUGCAUCCUGCACAUAAUGCUGUGGCCAGCAGGGCUCGUCCAUGGAGUUGCAUGUGCAUUCUUCCAACCUUGAUGAAUUCUCUGUAUUCAUGCACUGUUUGCACAACAUAGCUUUCAGUGGUAUCUCCCUGAGCAUAAAUUGAUAAAUAUGGGCUCUAUCUAGGAGUUUGUACAUUCUUUAGCCGCUUCUCUGUAUCCAUACACAGAUGGUACAUGUGGUCUUCAACCUAUAGAUAAAUCCGGAGAUCUGGGGUUAUGCCAGAUUGUGCUCAAUGUGCAAUUGUCAAACUCUUAUUGCCUCAUGAGACCUUGGUUAGAGAACUUCCUACUUUCUUGAUUAGUUGGUAGUCUAGCUUUUGAGCAUGCUUAUAACAUGUGAAUUCAUUGCCAGACAAUAAACGAAAUGACAUAAGAGAGUUUUCAGUUGAUACAAAAAAGGUAGAGAUAACUUGUUGUUAGGCGAUUGGUGAACAUUGAUUGAGCAAAAAGGCAUGAGCUUGCUAAUUUUAUUCAUAAAGCCCCCAAGUUAAGUAUGGUGAAGCUGAUUUUAUUCUCUAAUUGAUCCGGAAUAUUUUUUCUGUCCCACCAAUGUCAUAAUGAGAGCAGAUUUCAUGAACCUUUAUUAUUGCAAUCUGGAUUUCAGUGCGUAUUGUUAAGUUUGAUGUUCUUCUAGUCUGAAGUCUUUCAAAGCCAGUCAUUCUUUUUGCGUAACUUAAUUUUUGCUAGCCUCUUUGACACUCGGCAUUGCAUUCCUCCAUCGGAAUAUUGCAUAAUCCGCCAGUGGAAAUAUCCCAAUACCAGAAAUUAAACCAGUUCUUCCAUGUGUUCACACCAUACCUACCUAUAUAGUGCAUCUCUCGCUAUUCCAUAGUAGUUGAUUAUGCCUUAAGAACACUUGUCAGACCUCGAGAAGAUUCAGAAGUGCUUUAUUGUCAUUGACAUCAAUCCUGCAAAUUCUACCAUCAUGAAGAGCUAUAACCAUCAGUGUUGAUGCCUCUCUCACACACAAAUGAAAAAAAAAUGGAAAAAAAAUGAAAAGAGAGAGGGGCACGACCAUUCAAAAGAUUGAGGGUUCAUACUCAAGCAGGAGGAAAUAGUCAUCAGCGCUUCUGUCCAGGGGCUAAUCAAACUACUACCUAUGCAAUAUCGAUAACGGGAACAUCUUUUGUGUCCUGGGAUCACCUUACAUUGCAUUGGUCUCUCAAUUGUUUCUUUGGCGUGAGUCCAUUCUCUCCCCCAUCCCCUGCACACUAUUUUUUCCUAUGACUGGAAUAUGAAAACUUCUUUGUACUGGAGUUGAACUCUUAUUUAGCUUUACAAUCUAGAUUUCAGAUUUGCUCAUUCUUUGCACUACCUUGCCGAGCUCCAGAUAAGCUUUCCACAAAGAUAAAUUAGAUAGGAAAUACUUUGGGCGCUGGCCAGCCAAGACGAAUACUGUGUGAUGAGAGUAAUUCCGGAUCAUGACGAGGUAAUUCACUAAGUACCUGCUCUUGGAAGGUUAAUUGAGGGAAUAAAAUUGUUGGCUACUCUUGUUUUCUUUUGUUCAUGUCAAUGAAGUCAAACAACCGAGUGAGUUGGUGUUAAAAAAACUUAUAUAGCUGUAAUUGGUGAUCCACACUCUGAUACAAUAGAAUCCAUCUCAUAACUCUCCAUUCCCUACUGGCAAUGAAUGAAUGCUGUUAUUUAAGCUUGUGCUCAAUUGUUAGCUUGCUACUUUGAUAAGUUUGUGGGAAGUGUCUCUCUACCCGAAGUUUAUGUGGAUUUUAAUAAUUGUUUGCACAUGAACACUUGUUUGCAAUCUCUCUAUGCAAGAUUUCAGGUAUUUUGCAAGCACGUGGGGAAGUUGAAUCAGAAGACCUGUGGAAAAAUCUGGUCCAUCACUUAUUGUGAUUUGAGACCUCUUUUUUUUCUCUCGAUGGAAGAGUCAGCAAGGGAGAAGCUUACGAUGAAUCAUACCUUGUAUUUCUGCUUGUGGCAACUUUCUGCUUAACAAUGAAGAGCGAUUGGUUUUGUGACGUAUUCUUUUUCCUUUACCUUCUGUCGUAGGUUUCAUACGAUUGGUACUAAAAGUGGUCUAUUUUUUCAAUCUGGAAAACUAUUUUCAGUGUAAUGCAAUUCUUUGCAAUAUCUUCAUAUCUGAGCGCAUGUUUUGAUGUCCA